AUGGCGAUCCAGAGUCCUCUUUCGGAUUAUUUGACGAAUCCAUCGAACUCUUUGUAUCUGCAUCCUAAUGAGAAUCCCUCCAUGGCUCUCGUUGCACCUCCUCUCAAUGGACGCAACUAUCACACUUGGUUGCGUGCCAUGAAGAUGGCACUACUGUCAAAGAAUAAACUCUGUUUUUUUAAUGGAGAUUUUCCAGUACCUGACGCUGAUGACCCUCUGUUUCCAGCGUGGGAGCGUUGUAAUACUAUGGUACUUUCGUGGAUUCAUCGAUCCAUUGAUGAAUCAAUUUCGAGGUUAAUUCUAUGGAUCGAACAUGCCUAUGAUGUAUGGCAUGAUCUUUCUGAGCGUUUUUCACAAUCUGACGUGUUCAGAAUUGCAAAUCUUCAAGAGGAGAUUUGUCGUCUUCAACAAGGAAGCAGAAAUGUUGGUGAAUAUUUCACUGAAAUGAAGACACUGUGGGAUGAGUUAGACAAUCUCAAUCCCUUGCCGAAAUGUUACUGUGGAACUCUUGAUGAGACUCGAAGAUCCAGAGAACAUGAUCAAGUCAUUCGAUUCUUAAAAGGUCUUAAUGACCAAUUCUCCCAAGUUCGAUCACAUAUCAUGUUGAUUGAUCCACUCCCAAACAUGAACAAGGCGUUCUCCCUUGUUAAUCAACAAGAACGACAGUUCAACUCUGAGAUUCAUGUAGAUACUGGCAUGGAAUCAAAAGCAUACCCUGUAGAACAUCAACGUCGAACUGAAAAUUUCAACAAGGUGAAAGGUCCAAGACCACGAGGAACUAAGCUGUGUACUCACUGUGGAAGGACAAAUCACACAGUAGACACAUUCUACAUCAAGCAUGGAUAUCCUCCAGGCUUUAAAUCCAGGUUCAAGGGUGCUUCAGUGAAUGUUGUUCUCAAUGAUGGAGAAGGUGAAUGA